CGCUGGUCGCUGCCGUGCCGUUCGCGCCGCGAUGAUAACCUGGGUACUCACAACAGCGGCCGCCGGAUUACUUGCGCUGGUAGUCUUUCAAAUAAUUGUUUAUCCUUACUUUUGGGAUGACUUGAUUUAUUACCUUAAACUUCGAAACGUAGGACGGAUGACGAGGCGCAGGAUGAAGAAUGGGGUCAUCACUUUGCUUGACUGCUUUGUUGACCAGGCGAGGAAAAUCCCGGAGAAACCCUUCAUUAUUUUUGAGGAUCAAGUACUUACGUACCGAUACGUGGACAGACGGAGCAACAGAGCGGCACAGGUAUUCAGGACAGAGGGUCGUGCGAAGCGGGGAGACACGGCCGCUCUACUCAUGAGCAAUGAGCCCGAUUUCAUUUGCGUCUGGUUCGGACUCUGCAAACUUGGUUGCCAAGUCGCGUUUCUGAACUUUAACGUCAAAUCCAAGUCACUUCUUCACUGCAUCGAAAGCUGCGGGGCCAAAAUGCUCGUCGUAGGCUCAGAUCUGGUGAGCUCCCUGGAGGAGGUGCUGAGCGCCCUGCGGGACGGGGGGGUCGAGGUGUGGGUGGCGGGCCCCAGCGCGCCCCGCCGGGGGGUCAACACGCUGCAGGACAAGAUGGAGGCGGUGUCCGAUGACCCCCCACCCGUGGAGGGGGACGCUCAAACGGACAUCACCUCCACCUUCCUGUUCAUAUUCACGUCUGGAACCACAGGGCUGCCGAAGGCUGCACGGAUCAGCCACCUGAAGGCCGUGAUGUGUCUCUGCUUCCUGCGCAUGUGUGGAGCCAAGCCCAGCGACCGCGUCUUCAUCGCGCUCCCGCUCUACCACAUGUCCGCCUCCCUGCUGGGCAUCGGGGGGUGCAUCGAGCUCGGAGCGACAUGUGUGCUGAAGAAGAAGUUCUCUGCCAGUCAGUUCUGGAAGGACUGCCAGGAGCACAGAGUCACCGUGCUGCAGUACAUCGGGGAACUCUGCCGCUACCUGGUCAACCAGCCCAAGGUUGCCGAGGAGACGGCGCACUGCGUGCGCAUGGCGGUGGGCAGCGGGCUGCGGCCGGACGUGUGGCGGGAGUUCCGCCGGCGCUUCGGGAACGUCCAGAUCCGCGAGUCGUACGGCCUGACGGAGGCCAGCCUGGGCUUCCUCAACUACACCGCCGAGGUGGGGCCCAUCGGCCGCGGCGGGCACUUCAACAAGCGCAGUCUGGCGUUUGAGUUGCUGAAGUAUGACCCAGUGAGCUACGAGCCGAUCCGGACCGAGUCCAGGCGCUGUGUGAAGGCCCAGAGAGGAGAGACGGGAAUUCUGGUCGCCCCGGUAACUGCCAUGAACCCGUUCCUGGGGUACGCGGGAGACCGGGCGCUGUCGGAGAGGAAGCUGAUCCGGGACGUCUUCACGCCGGGGGACGUCUACUUCAACACCGGAGACCUGAUGCUGCAGGACUGCCGCGACUUCCUGUACUUCAGAGACCGGAUCGGUGACACGUUCAGGUGGAAGGGGGAGAACGUGGCCACCACGGAGGUGGCGGAGGUCCUGGGGGAACUGGACUUCCUGCGGGAGGCUAACGUGUACGGAGUGAGCGUCCCAGGGUACGAAGGUAGGGCAGGCAUGGCGGCCGUCGUUCUGCAGCCAGACCAGACGCUGGACGGGGAGAAACUCUACAGCCAUCUGAGAGACAAUCUCCCAGCUUAUUCCUGGCCCUGGUUUCUGAGAGUUCAGUCCUCCCUGGACGUGACGGAGACCUUCAAGCAGCAGAAAGGGAGGCUGGUCCAGGAAGGCUUCUGUCCCCAGCGAGUCCCGGAGCCCCUCUACUUCCUGGACGCCUCCGAGAAGACCUACGUCCCCCUGACCGAACCCGUCUACGACGGCAUCGUCUCGGGCGAGAUCAGACUUUGAGGACAGCCGCCCAGAUUCACCGCAUGCAGAAAAUAACCACACUAUCCUCCACGCUGUAGAGGCGUACCCCCGGAGGUCAGCGCUACAGAGGAAGCACCCGGACAGCGGAGUUUAAACCGCACCAGACCACAGCACUCAACCUUCUCCGUUCACUGAGGUAGAUGAGAAUGGAAAAAUGAACACUCUUUAGCAAUGAGCUUCGUCUCUAUCAAGAAACAUCAACACUAGCCAUUCUUUCGAUUGAGUAAAAUUAACUCACUAGCGAUGAGCUUCCCUUUAGAGUAAAAUUAACUCACUAGUGAUGAGCUUCCCUUUAGAGUAAAAUUAACUCACUAGCGAUGAGCUUCCCUUUAGAGUAAAAUUAACUCACUAGCGAUGAGCUUCCCUUUAGAGUAAAAUGAACGGUCGCUAGUGGCUUUACCCACACGCGGCUGCUCUGUGCUGUCCAAUCAUGUGAUGAGGGCAGGAUCAGGGAUCAUGUGACCUGGAUCAGUACAUUUCAUUUGAAAUGCCUUCAUAUCCAACAGUCAGAGUUCCUUGGAGCUUGAGCAUGACUUGAGUAUCUUGAUUGUUUACUGAUUAAUACACAUGGCCUUCUUUUGAGAUGGCCUCUCACUCACACUGACUGAACUAGGGGUCUAAGACAAGGGUUCAAGAACAAUAACUGACCAAAAAAGGCUCUCUGUGGUCAUCUCCCAAGCAAGAGAACAGUGCUCUACAAAUGUCUUCAAAUAAACUAAUACAAUUGUCCCAAACUUCCAGGGGAAGAUUACAUUUUUGUUGCCAUAUUUAAGGUGAUUUUGACUUACUCAUACAUUUUCACAACUCAAAUGAUUUGUGUUUACAAUCAUGAACAUUGCUGUACACACUAGUGCAUUAGCAUUGUGUCCGUUGAAUAUAUGCCACGCAAAUGUCAAGCAGUCCGUUUCCUUUCCAGAUAAUGCUCCUUGGAGGGGUAAUGUUGUUCAAAUUUGGUCUUGUAAACAGUAAACAGACGUGAUGGCAUUCCAUUGAGAUUUUAUAUCCCUCAGCUAAUGACUGGACAUGCAGGGUUAGGGGUGUCCUGGGACUGUACAGCUAAGGUAACGCAGAAUAUGCUCUGUGUAGAUUAGUGCUACCUAUAGAGUAACCAGCACUGAGGCAGCUGAAAAUAUUAGCGGUAACAGUGUCCUGAAUAUGUAUUUGAAGUGUAAAUAAUGCAAGGUAUAGUCAGCAGGAUAAUGUCACGCAUGUUUAGACGUGAAUGUUUCACACAGUUCAGAAUCCGUAUAACUCAAAAAACCUGCUGUACAGAUGUUCCGCAGACUGCCGGGGCUGACUGCCCCUUGAUCAAAUGCACGUGUAUCUUUUUUUCUGUGUGUCUCAGUACACAAAAAUGCACACCACAGUCCACAUUUUACUGUGCAUUGUAAUCGUAACUCUUUAAUAUGUAGACUUGUUGUUAAUAGAUGUACUUCCUAAAUAAAAAAUAAACACAACGGAUGCUAA